CUAAUCAUUUCAACAAAUGGCACCUGUUCGGUUCAAAGGAAAAAAAGCCGGGAGGCCGCGGAACUGUUGUAUCCUUGUUCACUCAAAACUCCAGUCUGCCGACUUCAAGACGCUGCAACGACCGCGACGUGCUCAUUUGGCAACUUUCCACACAAGUAAAGAAAUAUCAGAUCAACCGGAACAAGUGCUCGUCAAUUUGAGCCUUGGGAACAACACCCACAUUGAAACAUGCGUCUGUUCCUACGCCGACGUAUAUCCCCUGUGAAACUGGUGCUCUUUGGGGGGACUCUCUUCAUGGUGGCCCUGGUGGUUCUCCAGAGGGAUGUUGGCUCUUCGCCAGCUGGUGACCCCUGGUUUCAAGAUCUAGUGGACAAGAGGGACAAGGUGUUGGACAUUGUCCGAGGGGCUGUCAACAACAUCGGCUUCCAGAUUGGGGCUCCGCAGCCACCACCAGUACAAGAAAAGCCCACCCAGGAUGCCAUCUGCCCCGCUGGAUUCUACACUCAGGCUGAGCUCAAACCUCACGUUGAGAGACCACCUCAGGACCCCACAAACCUCGGGGCUGAUGGGAAAGCAUUUGUAAAAGACCACAUGACCCCUGAGGAGGAGAAGGAGAAGGAGGAGGGUAUGACCCGGCAUUGUUUCAACCAGUUUGCCAGUGACCGCAUCUCCCUCAGCCGUAGUCUUGGGGAUGACACAAGGCCUCCAGAGUGUGUGGAGAGGAAGUUUCGCCGCUGUCCUCCUCUGCCUACAACCAGCGUUAUUAUUGUCUUCCACAAUGAAGCUUGGUCCACCCUGCUCAGGACAGUGUACAGCGUCCUGCACACAUCUCCUGCUAUCCUGCUCAAAGAGAUCAUCUUGGUAGAUGACGCCAGUGUUGCAGAUCACCUGAAGAACCAACUGGAGGUCUUUGUGCAACAGUUGAAGAUUGUUCGCGUAGUGAGGCAGCAGGAGAGAAAGGGCCUAAUCACUGCCAGGCUGCUGGGUGCCAGUAUUGCUCAAGGCGAAGUGCUAACCUUUCUCGACGCACACUGCGAGUGUUUCCAUGGUUGGCUAGAGCCCCUGUUGGCCCGGAUUGUUGAGGAACCCACUGCCGUAGUCAGUCCAGAGAUCACCACCAUUGACCUCAACACCUUUAAGUUCAACAAGCCUGUUGCCACUAGCCGCGCUUUUAAUCGAGGUAACUUUGACUGGAGCCUGACUUUCGGCUGGGAGGCAAUCCCUGAGGAUGCGAAGAAGCUGCGCAAGGAUGAAACCUACCCUGUAAAAACACCUACUUUUGCCGGAGGUCUCUUCUCAAUCUCAAAGAAGUACUUUGAACACAUUGGAACAUACGAUGACAAGAUGGAAAUCUGGGGCGGAGAAAAUGUGGAGAUGUCAUUCAGGGUGUGGCAGUGUGGGGGUCAGCUAGAGAUCAUCCCUUGUUCUGUGGUGGGCCAUGUCUUCCGCACUAAGAGUCCUCACACCUUCCCCAAGGGCACAGAGGUCAUCACUCGCAACCAGGUGCGCCUGGCUGAGGUCUGGAUGGAUGACUACAAAAAGAUCUUCUAUCGCCGCAACAAGAAUGCUGCCGUUAUGGCCAGUGAGCAUAUGUAUGGGGACAUCUCUGAUCGUCUGAAGCUGAGAGAAAACCUUAAGUGUAAGAACUUCACCUGGUACUUAAACACAGUCUACCCAGAGGUCUUCAUUCCGGACUUAACCCCACAAAAGUUUGGAGCAAUUAAAAACUUAGGAUCUCAAACCUGUCUGGAUGCUGGAGAGAGCAACCAGGGAGGUAAACCUGUGAUCAUGUAUCAGUGUCACAAUAUGGGAGGCAACCAGUACUUUGAAUACACCACUCAUAAGGAGCUGCGUCAUAACAUUGGAAAGCAGCUGUGUCUUCAUGCCAUGCCUCAGCCAGAGCCGGUGAAGAUCGAGCUAUGCCAACUGAAGGGGAAGGGAACCAGUUUAGCACCACAACAGGAGUGGGUCUUUACAGAGGAAAACCUUCUGAAGAAUCCCAGUAGUGGGCAAUGCUUACAUCUGAACGCAGGCCAGAUUCAGAUGAACCACUGUAAUUCCGCUGACCUCUUUCAGCACUGGUCCUUCAGCUGACCUCCCUGUCUGGCCAUCAGGUGACCUCAGGCACCUUGUGUCCUCCUUCCUCAGAAUCCGCUCCAAGGAACCAACUCAACAUUGAACCAGAAUGACUUCAUGCUGUGGAGCUUGGGGCAUUUGGCCAUACUAAGUGGACAGUUAAAGAUGGAGGAAAAAGUAAAGACAGUCAGUCUGUUGAAGAGGCUUGGGUUAGCCUCCCACCUGUUUUAAAAAAAAUAUAUAUAUUUAUGAUGGUAGCUCAGGAAAGACUUUGUAGAUGGUUGAAGGUUAUCAAACAGUGAGUACGUGGACUUGUGCACAUUCAGGAGUGGCAGCCUGAUCGUGGGGCAAUGGCUGUCAGCUGCAGUGAUCUUUAUUCAGUGAAUUUACAGUCCAGAUUAGAAAGUGAUUGUUUUUUUUGUCUGACUAAAUGUUGAAAUGUGAGAAUAUGCACAAGUCUUACUAAAGAGAGAUGCCUGUUUUUUAAAUAAAAAAUCUACUUUGUUGUGUCACAAAUGA